AUGAAAAAGAAUCAACAGGUUGCGGCAUACGUUGAAAUUCCAAACGAAGACCGUGCCCAGUGGUUCCUUGGCAAAAUAGAAAAGAAGCAAGCAAACGGAAAAUAUGUUAUUCAUGAUGAAUAUGCUGAAGAUCCAUCUUUAGAGCGUUUUAUUGUUGAUCCUCAAUUCAUAUCGCUUUUUCCUAAUACUCAAGGUCCAUAUAGUGUUGGUGAGCAUAUUCUUGCUCGCUGGAAAUUAACCGAUGGCUGGACAACAGAAUUAUAUGACGCCGAAAUCAUCAAAGUCAUUAAAAAAGAUACGCUUGUUCUUAAAUACCAAGAAAGUGAACUUGAAAUCGAAACAAAUGUCAAUAAAGUUACGAAAUAUCCUGCUGGAUUUUUAUCCAAGGAAGAAGAAGCAGUUAAUGAAGAAGAGGAAGCCAAUGAUGAAGAAGCUAAAGCAGAAUCCGAAACGCAACAUGAAGCUACCGCUGAAUCACCAAAAUCUCCAUCUAAAAAUCUAACACAAGAGCAAACUAGCGAAGAACACUCUGAUACAAAUCAACCAGCAUCAAAUGCUCCUACUACUUCUGCAGAAGUUACAGAAGAUACUGGAAUGGCGUCAACACCAGUUCCUUCUUCACCUCCAGCAUCUCCUCCAGUUGUAGAAGAAGUUCCACAAGGUCCUAAGUUUAUGCCAAGAAUGGCGCAGGAAAUUCCAAAUAGAAAACUUAAUUUACGUUUCAAUCCAGCAGAAACACAAGAUCCUACAGAUUUGCAUAUACUUACAGAUGAUGAAUUUAUUAAGCUUCUUCCGGAGCUAAGAAAACCAGAAAGAAUUGAAAUCAAACAAGGAACUCCUUUAUUAGACUGUUUAACAGAUCCAGAAUUGUUUGAACAAGAAUCAGUACAUACAACAUCUAGUGGCGUGCUUUUUAGAAAAGGAAUGAAACAACAAAAGUUUAAAUCAGCGUUAAUGAAUGGAGAAAAAUGCGGACGCUUAGGAAUGAUAUUCAAUGAAUAUCGUAAUUAG